AUGGGCUUCAACGCCAGGCCUUGGCAACCUAGAAUGGGCUUCAACGCCAGGCCUUGGCAACCUAGAAUGGGCUUCAACGCCAGGCCUUGGCAACCUAGAAUGGGCUUCAACGCCAGGCCUUGGCAACCUAGAAUGGGCUUCAACGCCAGGCCUUGGCAACCUAGAAUGGGCUUCAACGCCAGACCUUGGCAACCUAGAAUGGGCUUCAACGCCAGACCUUGGCAACCUAGAAUGGACUUCAACGCCAGACCUUGGCAACCUAGAAUGGGCUUCAACGCCAGACCUUGGCAACCUAGAAUGGGCUUCAACGCCAGACCUUGGCAACCUAGAAUGGGCUUCAACGCCAGACCUUGGCAACCUAGAAUGGGCUUCAACGCCAGACCUUGGCAACCUAGUAUGGGCUUCAACGCCAGACCUUGGCAACCUUGUAUGGGCUUCAACGCCAGACCUUGGCAACCUAGAAUGGGCUUCAACGCCAGACCUUGGCAACCUAGAAUGGGCUUCAACGCCAGACCUUGGCAACCUAGAAUGGGCUUCAACGCCAGACCUUGGCAACCUAGAAUGGGCUUCAACGCCAGACCUUGGCAACCUAGAAUGGGCUUCAACGCCAGACCUUGGCAACCUAGUAUGGGCUUCAACGCCAGACCUUGGCAACCUAGUAUGGGCUUCAACGCCAGACCUUGGCAACCUAGAAUGGGCUUCAACGCCAAACCUUGGCAACCUAGAAUGGGCUUCAACGCCAGACCUAGGCAACCUAGAAUAGGCUUCAACGCCAGACCUUGGCAACCUAGAAUGGGCUUCAACGCCAGACCUUGGCAACCUAGAAUGGGCUUCAACGCCAGACCUUGGCAACCUAGAAUGGGCUUCAACGCCAGACCUUGGCAACCUAGAAUGGGCUUCAACGCCAGACCUUGGCAACCUAGAAUGGGCUUCAACGCCAGACCUUGGCAACCUAUAAUGGGCUUCAACGCCAGACCUUGGCAACCUAUAAUGGGCUUCAACGCCAGACCUUGCACAGUCGGGUCUGAACGCGCUCGGCGCUCCGAGGAACGCGCUCGGCGCUCCGAGGAACGCGCUCGGCGCUCCGAGGAACGCGCUCGGCGCUCCGAGGAACGCGCUCGGCGCUCCGAGGAACGCGCUCGGCGCUCCGAGGAACGCGCUCGGCGCUCCGAGGAACGCGCUCGGCGCUCCGAGGAACGCGCUCGGCGCUCCGAGGAACGCGCUCGGCGCUCCGAGGAACGCGCUCGGCGCUCCGAGGAACGCGCUCGGCGCUCCGAGGAACGCGCUCGGCGCUCCGAGGAACGCGCUCGGCGCUCCGAGGAACGCGCUCGGCGCUCCGAGGAACGCGCUCGGCGCUCCGAGGAACGCGCUCGGCGCUCCGAGGAACGCGCUCGGCGCUCCGAGGAACGCGCUCGGCGCUCCGAGGAACGCGCUCGGCGCUCCGAGGAACGCGCUCGGCGCUCCGAGGAACGCGCUCGGCGCUCCUAG